AUGGCCAGCUGCAAGACCCCCGAGCAGCUCAAGGCUGAGGGCAACGAGCACUUCAGCAGCGGUGACAACGAGGCAGCGCUGGCAUGCUACCUCGAGGCUCUCAUCUUGCUGGACGCCGCCGCCGCCUCCCCCGCCGCCGCCACGCUGCGCCCCGUCCUCCUCUCCAACGCCAGCGCCGCCGCCGCGCGGCUGGGGCGCGCGGCAGAGGCCCGCCGCCACGCCGACCGCUGCGUGGCGGCCCGCCCGGGCUGGCCCAAGGGCUACACCCGCCAGGCGGCCGCCGCGCUGCUGCAGCACCGGCCGGGCGACGCCGAGCGCGCGCUCCGUGCCGGGCUGGCCGCCUGCCAGGACACCGCAGCACUGCGCCACGAGCUUGACCGCCUGCUGAGGGAGGACGACGGCGACCAGUCAGGCCUUCCAGGCAUCCUGCCGGGCACCCCGGGCCAGCGCAUGCGCGACUUGCAGGCCGACUUUGGCGCACAGCUGCAGCCGGAGGCCGCCAUCGCCGCGCUGCCCAACGACGCCCUGCGCGCAGCCUUCAUGGGGGAUGCAGACCGGUUCAAGGCAGCCUUUAGGCCCGAGCAGCACAUCAGCCUGCGGGCCUGGCAGCUGCGCCUGCCUCUGCCGGCUGUCGCCGUGGCAGGCGCGCAGCGCGUGACGCGGGCCGACGGCGGCCCCGGCGGCCACGCCGCCGUGCUGCGGGCGGCGUGCGAGGCCGGGUGCCGCGUGGACGCGCGCGACGUCGCCGGCUACACCGCGCUGCACCACGCCACCGCGCACUCGGCGCGGCUGGACCUGGCGCAGGUGCUGCUGGAGCAUGGGGCCGACCCCAACGCCAAGGACAGGUUUGGCAGCACACCGCUGCACCACGCCAUCAUGUCUCAGGACCAGGCAGCCGUGCGGCUGCUGCUAGCCGCUGGCGCCGACCCGCGGGCACGGGACCUGAGCGGGUGCAGCAUAGAGGAGGUGGCGCAGCACUGCCCGCCGAUGGUGGCUCUGGUGGACCGCGCGCUGGGGCGGUACCAGCAGAACGCGCACCUGCAGCCAGGAGCGCCCUGCUUCUCCUGCGGCAAGGCGGGGGCCAGCAAGCGCUGCGACGCGUGCCGCGUGGCUCUCUACUGCUCGCGCACCUGCCAGCGGCAGCACUGGAAGGCUCACAAGAAGGAGUGCUCCGCGGCCUCGGCCUCGAGCAGCAGCAGCGGCGGCGGCGAUAGCGCUGCCACGGCUGGCCACCUGCGCCUGCGCCCUUCCACCGACGCCCCUUACACUGCCGCGAUACCCAAUGCCGACUUCACCAGCGCUGUUGCCGCAUCCAUGGGGGUGCCGGUCAGCGCAGCGCCGUUCAACCCUGAAGGCUACAUGCGAGGGCCAGAGGAGAAUCGGGCGGCGGCAACGCGGCCCACCGACAAAACCUUCAUCGUCAAAGUCCAGGUGCCGCUUGGCCGCGUGCCCGGCACGCCCCCCCUCAUGCUCAUUUACAACAAGAGCCGCAGCUAUCAGAUGCACGUGGACGAGACCGGCGGCGCCGACGCGCGCCGCCUGGCGGCGCUCGUCCGAGGCAAGGGCAUCCGGGGGCAGAAGGCCUACUUUCCAGCCUUCCAGGACGCAGCCUCCAAGGAGCUGGUGGUCAUCAGCGGCGCCAUGCUGCCCCAGCAGACGUGGUGA